AUGCCUCCGUAUGAACCCGGCAAUUUUCGGAGAGACUACGCUACUCGCUUGUCCGAACUAACGAUGAAUUCGAAACCAAUUAUACAGAAUCUGUCUAUGAUGGCACAGAAUUUUACUCGCUUCUCCGAUAUCGUCGCCGAGUGCCUCCAGGCUCACAUACGUAGGGUACCAGCUUGGAUGAAGCUUCCUGCUUUCUAUGUUCUCGAUGCGAUCUCGAAAAAUGUCUAUGAGCCCUAUGCCGCCAAAUUCUCGGCAUUCGUCGUUCCUCUGUUUCUUGAAACUUACGGACAGGUUGAUCCCCAAACUCGUAGCAAAAUGGCGGAGAUGCUUGUCACGUGGCGAACUGGUUCGCCUUCAGGCAAGGAACUUUUCGGCGUUGCAGCCCAGGUUUCCCUCGAGCGCCAAAUAUGGGGAAACGACCCUUCAACUAUUGCUGAGCCUUCAACUCGUCGACAUGGCCAAACUGCUCCUCUUACGAAAUCGCAGGUUCUUGCCGAACUUGACGUUACUUUGGCUCUGAAAGAACAGGCGACUCAUGCCAAUCCAUAUGAUACGAUGAUAGCGAACCAAGUCAAUGUUUUGCAUCAGCUCCGUCGGAUGGUCGAACUAGGAGUUUCUCAAGAGGAACUGCAACAGAUUCUUUCUCAACUUCGUGCUAUGGGCCGUGACAAUGCAGCAGUACCUCCGCCUCCACCUCCCCAACUUGUAGCCCCACCACCUUCUGUAUAUAACGGACCACCCAUUGUACCACCGCCUGCUCAGUAUGUUCAACCGUCUGCUCCUUUGGUUCCUCUUAGUACAUAUCCUGCACCUGCUCCUGUGAGCCAACAGCCAAACAUUUCAACAACUCCCGUGCCUAGUGCAGUACCUAAUAUGUCUGGAAUAACAAGUCUUUUUGAUUCGCUUGUGAAAGCGGGUCUGGUGAGCUCUAGUAACACCCCUCUCGGAGCAGGUACGAGCACGCAAACUCCUCCACCAGCAUCCGAGACGCUGGAUGAGGAUAAGGCCAAGGUUCAAAAGAAGGCAGAGGACGAACGCUUAGAAGCCCAAAGAAAAUAUGCUCAGGAGAUUCUCAGCAUGAAUAUUCGUUUGACAACGGCAGAUAUUACAAGACAACGACCCAAAAAUGUCUCAACUUUGUAUGAGCGCCUCUCGAUUCAAUGCAAACAAUGUGCUUCUCGUUUUUCUGAUGACUCUGCUGGGAAGAAGAAUUUGCAAGACCACUUGGACAUGCAUUUUCGACAUAACCGUCGGAUGAAGGAAGCAUCGGGACGUGGCUUUAGCAGGAGUUGGUUCAUUAGUGUGAAUGACUGGAUUUCCGAGCCGUUAACAGACGUGAAAGGUAAAGGACGGGAAUUGGUAUUGGUUGGCAAGAACGCCGAUGCCACGAAAGAAGCAGCUGCGAAGCGCGACGCGGAAGUAAGAGCUUCGGUAGUCGUCGUUCCUCCGGGUGAUGAAGCAAAGAGCAUCAGUUGCCCGGUUUGCAAGGAGGUUUUGAGAAGUGAGUUCAGAGAAGAGGAUGAAGAAUGGAUCUGGCGCAAUGCUGUGAGAGUUAAGGAUAAGAUUUUUCAUGCAACAUGCCAAGCCGAGAUGGCUACUUCCACGACUCUUGCCGCUAAGUUACGUGCAGAUGAAUCCGCAGCGGCAGCCACCGCACGAAGCCGAUCCAGAACACCUGAGCGUACCGCACCUUCCACCCCUACCCAGGCUGCCCAGAAAGCAAAGUUAAAUCUUCUAUCGUUUGACAGGACGCUUGUCGCAGAUACAUCUUCAGUGGCUGGGGUAAAGCGGAAAGCACAUGGCGAUUCUCAGGACACUGGGAGCGCAGAGACACUGGUAGGGACUCCACCAACGAAGAAGGUGGUUUUAUCUGCAGCAUGA